AUGUCUAUUGUUACCAGUGUUAUCUUGGUAUUUAUUGAUAUCAGUAUACCCUUCCUACUAGACUCGUCUUUGAUAUACCAGAGGCCCGUUCCAUCAAACCAUCCAAAGCUCUACCCUUCGCUGUCGAAAAUGAAACUCUCAGCAUUUCUUAUUGCUAGUCUAGCCUUGAUCCAAACUACUACUGCUGUUCCCAACCCGAUGGAAAAUGGGUUGCUCGUUUUUAACCCAUCCAGUGUGGCUACUGCACAGGAAGUCGAACUCCUUGAACAGUUUUCUGACACUCCAGUCAUUCAGAAGCGUGCAGAGUCCUACACGGCUAUAAAAAGAGCUUGCAUUAUGCGCAUAGGCAUGCUAUACAAGCUAUUGCAGCUUGAAGGACAUUACUUUCAUUGCACAUUCCGCCACGAGUCAUAUUUAUAUCUACAGUACAUGCAGCCAUCGCUACAGUCACCAGCAAGACCUGAAAAGCUUCCAGCACUUGGCCUAAACUCAUUGAUUGGAACUGAAAUAGACAUGGACUGUACAGACUACUAUGCCCAGCAAAAACAACAGCCGCAUCACCAGCCACAACAACUUGGCUCAUACCAAAACGGCAUUUUAUCACCUGCAGAUGCAUUUCCUGAAGUAACAACUUCUACAGUCCAGCAAACUCCAUGCCCCCCGUCUGAUGAACCUGAUCAUGUUCAAGAGAACAAAUCUGAUGUAUGUGCCUAUACCAGUCUGUCAAGCACACAAGCACAAGAUACUAUCAUGAACUACAGUCAGGCGAGCGGUAGUGCGGCUAAGGAAAGUGGUCAUUUGAUUAUGAGCUCUACCGACUCUGGUUUUAAAGGCAAUACAAAUGUAGACGAACCAAUACACAGUUCUUGCAAUCACAGCAGCAAAAUACAUGUAACAGCGGACGCUGUUGCAGUUAAGGGAGAGCCACAAGUGAUUGAACUGGGUCAUGAUCAGGGUUGUCCCACUCUAGAAGCCCAUGAUUCAGACGCAGUAAUAAUGAAAACGGUCUUGAUACGGCCUACUCAAGAUAAUAUGACAUGGCUCAAUGACACUCAUUGCAUUAACUCCAAGUUCAACACCGAUACUAAUAAGCGUAACCAGACGGGUUUGGAUGGCAGUGUAUUUGUCCGCCACGCUGCCAACACCACCGAUAUUCUAGAAACAUCUACCGCUGCAGUAGCAUCAACACCCACUGAUUUUCAAAAUAAUAUUGGUGCACCAGAUGACCACAGAAUAAGCAUCGCCGUAUCGCCAACACAAAUCCCACACUCUCACAUUGAGGCGAUGCCAGCCAUUGAUUCAAGAAAAAAUCGGAUUUUUACCCAGCACAGUAACGACUCCCAAGCAAACGCCGAGUUUGAUUUGGAACGUUCAUGGACAAAUCCGGAUAAUAUUCAUAGAGACUCAUCCAUAUCAGCAGGCCCGGAAUUCGAAAGCAAUAAAAGCAUAUUGAACCUACAACGACAGCAUGCCCCUGAAUGUCAGGAAGCUUUAACAUCACCUGAUUCCGCGGUCCCAGCCAUUCGUCACACAUGUAUCCAAUCCAUACUGGCGCAACCAGCAUCACCACAGCCAAAAGGUGAUUGUGGUAGCGGUCAAGUUGUGGUAUCUUUUGACAAGCACGAUGGAGAUGUAACAAAAGAGAUGGAGUUUCGGGCACCGCUAAACAUGGCUGUACAGUACCAAAUAACGCAACAGCAGGCAUCGCGUAAGCAUUGCAGUAAUGAACAAAUGCAGUCGGUGUUGGAGGACCAAAUGGCAGAUGCGACUCAGCACCAAGCAAAGCGCCAGAGAAACAAAACUGUGAGUCAAACAAAGGAAAUUUCCUGCUCGCUUAGCAUGCCACAUCCCCACACCUCGUAUCAACAAUCUGGACAUGUUACCAUCCUAGUAACUCCUCCUGGUGAUCGUGGCUCGUUAAAUUCUCUUGCUCAAAAUAAUACAUCUUACCAAACUGUUUCUUCUACCACUACAACACCAAUGAGUUCGGUUUCGGCCCUUUUAACAACUGUAGAUGCAAUGCACUUUAGUGCUAUGAAGCUUCCGUUGAUGGAAAGUCGAAAUUUGUUUCUGGCUGGCUCAUCACCAAUAUCGGCCGAUGAUACUGAAUUCAAAGCCAAACCUGAUUCUUUUUCUUCAACAACCACUAGCGAUGCGUCUGUUGGUACGCUCGACAUUCUACCCAAAACUUUGCAUCCCUCAUCAACAGCCACCUCGCCCACCAUUGUUGCUACAGCUAAACUUUCAGUAGUUUCGGAGUUGCCACAGUUUGGAAAAAGUGACACUCUGCUGACUGAUUCCUUGAUCUCAGAUCCUGCUACUACUGCCGUGUUGGUGGAUAUUGCUCCAAAAGCUCAUAUACCAAAUCAUAUUCACACAUACAAUCACCACAAUAGUAUAUCCGCCUCUAGAAUCUCAUCUCAGCUUUCACCCACUUCACCAAUACUUUCUUCAAACAUUGCUUCAUCCAAUCAUACUUCACAAUUUCCGCACCCUGUACACUCCACUGCCUCGUCUGCUACGCUUGAUCCAUAUCCAACUCAUCGUCGCGGGUCACAUCAUUCAAACACUACAUCCACAACUUCGUCCUUGAUCAGUUCCACCGAGCCAAAGCCUAUGUCUACUGAGACUUUUGAAACUCCUGUCUCCGUCAUCACUACUCAUAUUAGACAGCCAAGAUGGUCUCGACAAUCUAGUGCAUGCGACUAUUGUCACUCCAAGGUUAAAAUUCGAUGUCAUGGCCCAAUUGGAUCGUGCCCUAAUUGUGUCAAGAGGGGGCUUCGUUGUGUAUUCAACAGACAGUCUAAACCAAAAAAACCAACAGAGUAUAUUGCGCAGCUACAGCAACGAAUUGAGUCUCUGGAACAUGUGGUAGUUACCAAGGGAAAAAAUCCAGCCAAGUCAAGAUCCGGCUUGCUCAACCAUGCAAGUAUCGCUGCCCCUGUAGGAGAAAUAGUGACUACCAUGUCUGUGCCUUUUGGUUCACAACGGUUCGAUACACCCACAGUGACUGUUCAGCCACCUACUGCAGACCUGUCGCUUGGAGCAGAUAAUCAUAUGACGGAUGUGCGUCCAGUGUUUCUACCCUCACCACGCAGUAACUCCAAUAUACAGCACUCUCCAUACACUCAUCCAGUCCCUUAUCCAUUACAGCCACCUACUUCAAUUCGUAUUGAUUUAAUUGAGAGAUGGUUUCGAUACUGCUCUUUGCGACAGAACGUGCUCAUCUUUCCUUCUUGGCUGCUUACUGAUUUGAGUGCCCAGCCACCUUUCCUGCUUAAUGCGAUAUAUGCUCAGGCUGCACUUGCAUCGUCUCCCAAGGAAUCCAACGCAGCCUUGAUCAGUGGACAUCGAGGCAUGAUUCAUUCAAGCAAAGGGGAGGCAUUUUAUGAACACGCCAAAUCGUUUGUAUCCGAGGCCUUGUCGUCACCUUCAUAUCACAAUAUUCUUGCUUUGCAUUUGCUGGGUAAUUUGGCUACAUUUCGUGGUAGACCAGAGGGCCCAUUCUACACAUCUGCUGCUAUUCGACUAAUACAGUUGUAUCUAAGGGAUUGCGAGCCGGAUGAUGGACAAUCGUAUCCUCGGAGUUGUAAACAGGAACUCGUUCGUCGCUUAUGGUGGUCACUCUAUGAGACUGAUCGUCGCACUUCAUUGGCAAAUAACCUUCCAUUGUAUCCCGUAGACGUCGUUAAUGGUGACGUGCCAGGAUUUCCUCAAGAUUUGUUGGCUGAUUUUGUAAAAAAUAAUGAUAGACCUGUCCGGCCUACAGUAGAUCGGACUGCAACCUCUUCUGCAUAUUUGCACAAUGAGCAAGCAACCCGUUCACAUGGUCCAUCCUUUUUGCCUCCUCCAAGCAUGUCUCCACAUGUCUAUUCACAUCCGUCCCAAUCUCAGCCGACUGCUCCCCCACAGCUUCCUCCUAUGUAUAUGGAAACGAGAAAUCACUCACCACAAUUUAAGCGCACGGCUUCAUCACCUUAUACUCAAGACUUGGGAUACCAUCAUGCAGAUCAGCAUAUGGCAUCCAAUCGUCCUGUUUCCUCGACUUCCGACCAUCCACCAUACCAUAGAUCACCUUAUUUGCCAAAUCAACCCGAGCGUGAACGUAGAUAUUCUCAUUCAUCAUCCACUGUAGAUCCCACUGUACCUUACUUGCACCGAGAAUCAUAUCCCUAUUCAAGCCAUCCUUCAAAUACUACUAGUCCGUCUCAUCCUUCUUAUAGUGGCUCUAUGCCUCCACAUUUAGUAGAGAAAGGACACUCUGAUCCUCACCCUUAUUCAAACACGCAGGGGUAUCCCCAUCAUUCCUACGCUCCCCAACUUCAAUCCCACCCACAAUGCACACCACCACCACCGUCACAGGCCUCUAUUCCUAGUGUUACCGCCCAGCGGCUUCUUCUUGUUAAAAUAUACGACCGUGUGGUUUACUUUUUGCAAUCAAAAGAUCCAGCCCAGGACUCGAUUGCAAGAGAUGAGCAUCGAUGGGCUAUUGAUCAGGAUUUGUUGAGGUGGUUUGAAAACCUGCCUGUAGCGUGGCGAGUUAUUCCAUCGACUUAUGGGUACCAAAUUUCAGAUGCAAUUUUAGAUACAUUCUUCAAGACUGCUUGGCUAUCAAGUAAUAAUGAUAGACGAAGCAUGCAAACCAUGUCUCCUGGUGCAGUGCAAAGCAAUGCUUUACCCUCUACCUCAGUCUCUGGAUCUACCUCGGCUGCUCCUGCAAAUGAUGAUGUCUACACAUCCCACCAUUCAUCAAAACUUUUGCGAGAAAAUCUUAUCUCGCUUCACGGAGCAAAUGCCGAAACUUCCAUUGGAGGCGGUAUUCAAGAAUUUGAUGAUUUAAAUCGGCUCACAUGGGGAGUGGCGUUUAUUCUCGUUUGGUUUAAUUUCUCUCGUAUUCUGUUGCAUAAAGACACAUUGCGACCACUUGAACCACAAUAUGCUGAUGUCUCACAGCCAUUAUCUGCUCAUUCGGACAAGCCUGGUUCAUCUCGUCACUCCCACAUUCCCAUAGCAAACCACAUAUGUAUUGACUCUGCCUUUUCGCUUCUUGAAAUUGUUAGGCGGUAUAUGCAAACCAACCCCUUUUUUUACGAAACCCCGCCUAUUAUAUUUCGGUUGAUUAGCGAGGCAUGCUGUGUGAUUGUUGUUGGAAUGGAAAUGCGUUUAAUCGAUCUGAGUAAAGGAGUACCAGUUGUUAAGAUGGGCAUGGACGCACUAUACAAUCUGAGUGUAGAUGUUGCCGGUGCAGAUGAUCAGCGGCGGUUGAUUGGGACACUUUUGGACAGAGUUGUAGAGAAACUAGGAGUUGGUUAUAUCCGGAACUCCUGAUAGUUUGUUUUAAACCGUAUUCACGUAAAAUGGAAUAUGUUUCUGCAUCCAUCUGCAGUGGUUAUCUUUAUUUUGCUUCAAAAUAAAUAAUAGUUGAAU